ACUCCAACCACCACCAAAACCAUCCCAUACCUUGACGUCCUUCUCUUCUACUCUCCUCCCUCGAGACCCCCUUCGAGACCCCAAUUAGCAUCGAACAAGACACCUCUCUCCCUCUCCAAUCCUCACCUCUCGAUCUCCUCUUUUUCUCCGCCUGCCGUUUCCCGAGAAUUCCAUUGCCCACAUCAUGUUCAGCAGACUAGCAGUUCGUGCGGCCCAGCCGCUGAAGCGAAAUGUCGUCUCUCGCGGCUAUGCGACCGAGGCCCCCAAGGGCCGCUCCAACACCCUCCUCUACGCUGCGGGUGCCGUCGCUGUCGCCGGUGCUGGGUACUACUACUUCGCCGGAUCGUCCGCAGGUGCUGCUGCUAAAGAGGCCGUUAGUGGCCCACCCAAAAAGGCCUUCACCGGUGGCGAGCAGGGCUUCAUCUCCCUGCUGCUGAAGGAUGUCCAGACCAUCAACCAUAAUACCAAGAAAUUUAUCUUCCACCUCCCCGAGGACGACCAGGUCUCCGGCAUGACCGUCACCAGCGCUCUGCUCACCCGCUUCCAGAACGCGGGCGAGAAGCCGGUCAUACGACCGUACACUCCUACCAGCGACGAGGACACCAAGGGCCUCCUGGAGCUCAUUGUUAAGAAGUACCCAAACGGCCCCAUGUCGACCUACCUACAUGACCUGGUCCCCGGACAGCGCCUCGACUUCAAGGGCCCGCUGCCCAAGUACCCGUGGGAGGCGAAUAAGCACGAGCACGUGGCGCUGAUCGCCGGCGGCACCGGGAUCACGCCUAUGUACCAGCUGGCGCGGCACAUCUUCAAGAACCCGGACGACCGGACCAAGGUCACGCUCGUCUUCGGUAACGUGUCCGAGGAGGACAUCCUGCUCAAGCGCGAGUUUGAGGACCUCGAGAACACGUACCCGAACCGCUUCCGCGCCUUCUACGUCCUCGAUAAUCCACCCAAGAGCUGGACCGGCGGCAAGGGCUUCAUCAGCAAGGACCUCCUCAAGACCGUCCUGCCGGAGCCUAAGAGCGGCAACAUCAAGGUCUUCGUCUGCGGCCCGCCUGGGUUGUACAAGGCCAUCUCCGGCACCAAGGUCAGCCCUACGGACCAGGGCGAGCUAUCUGGCAUCCUUAAGGACCUCGGAUACACCAAGGACCAGGUAUUCAAGUUUUGAGCGUGGCAUCGCUCGGCGUGCGUCG